UCCAUUGAAAGGCCGGCAAUUUUGAAAAUAAUUUGAUAAACACAACAUAGAAGUGCGUUUCUUUGAACGACGCUAUUUUAGAAAAAAAAAGACGAAAUAAGAUGUUAGUGUUACUGAUGGUGCUAUUCCAGACAUCUUACUAUCUCAUCAGCGGAGCAACAGUCUGUCCAGAUGACAACACGUGGUCGAAUAGAGCAAAAACGUUUUGUUCGUUGAACCCUCAUGAAUAUCAUUGUGUAUAUAAUACAUCAUGUCAACUUAUAGAAGAUUGUAGACCAAGUCAAACAAAUGAUAGGAUUAGGCUUUACUUUAGUGAACGAAAUACUGAGACAUUUUACAUUAAGACAGUGCCUGUUAUGUCAACAAAUAAUUCCAAUUAUCACAAACUACAAUAUAUAACUUUAUGUGAAAGUAAUAUGAGUCAUAUUCAAAAUUCAUCGCCUACAAGGAAGAAUGAUAGUUAUAAGAUAUGCUGUAUCGCAGAAUCUGUUAUACUUGGUCUUUUAGUUAUAGGAGUCGUAUGGAAAUAUAGACAAUUGCGAUAUCAAGAGAGUGAAGCAAGUAGUCAAUUAACAGCUAAAGAUUGUGAGAUAGCGAGAAUAAAAAGAGAAAACUGUGAUAAUAAGGAACAAAUAGAUCAGCUUAAAGAAGAGAAAAAUCAUAUCGUGGAACAACUAGUACGGCUCAAAGAUACGAAUGGAGAAAAGCCCGGCGUCAAAAAUCGCUUUGCGCAAGAAAGUUCACCAGUAGGACAGACAUUUGGAGAUUUUCGUGAAACUGACAUCUUAAUAUCAUAGUCUGACAUAGAUAGGAUCAUUUGAAAUAAGAAAAUAUGAAAGCUAGACUAAGUGCAAUUGGUUGGUUGAUUAGUUGCCUCUCUGGUUAUUUGUCUAUUUGUUGGGUACAUUGAUUGCAAUGAGUGUAAAAGUAUUUCCGUAUUUUCUACGGAUUCUACAAAUGGGAACAUUUCAUGAAGAAUUCGAAAAAAAACUAACUGUUCAUUAGAUGGAUUUUUAACUGAAGCAUCGUGCAACUAUAAUUUGUAUUCAAUGUAAACAUGCAUGCAUAUAUCUGGUUUUUUUUGUAAGUGUGUGUGUGUGUGUGUGUGUGUACUUUAUGUCAUAAACAUGCAUAUAUCUUGUUUGUUAUCGUUAUGAAAUAAACUUGUCUCGAUUACGACAGGUCGUGAGUGCCAUCUUCGGCUAUGAAAAUCGCGCUGACUUUAAACCUGCUUAUCAACAUGACCAAUCAGUUGACAUUUUUGAAUUAGAGUAAAGCCUGAUCAGAUUAGUGUGAGAAAUCAAAACGGUUUUCAUUCCUGGCGCACUAUAACCCAAUAUCUUUUAGAGUACAUACACUCUAACUCUCUUUCAUC